AUUUCCCUGUGUCAUGGCUCCGGUCUCUUAGCAACAGCCGCGAGUCCGGCCGCCCCGAGCCGCGCCAGCCGCUGCCGCCGCCGCCGCCACCGCGGGCUCAACUCCACCCGGCGGAGCCCGGCGCGCCGCAGCCGCACAAAAGAGGCGCUGGGGCCGGCCCGGGAGCGCCGCGGCGGGGCUCGCGGGGAGGCGCAGGAGGAGCGGCGGCGGGGAGGACGGCUCCGAGGCAGGAUGCGGGCAGCGGAGGACCUGACACUUCUUGGAAACUCUUGGAAAUGGCUCCCGCCACAGCCGCGGAGGGGGCUGCGAACCUGGGGCGGGCGCUCGCCCCCGCUGGGCUGCUGAGCCGCGCUCUCCUGGUGGGCCCCGAGGCGCUGUCCCUGCGCCCCGCCGUCGGCUCGGGCUGAAAAAGUUUCUCCAUGGUUCCUUUGUGUCGCCCGAGCGCCCGUUCGCCGCCCCGGAGCUGCCCCAGCCUUCCCGGCAGGAGGAGGUGGCGGAGCAGCUAGUGGACAGCUGGCGCCCCCACUACACAAGCCUCUGCCACAGAGACUAGCCCCUCAGGGCUCUGGCUCACCAUGAUAGCCACCGGUGGCCUCCUGAGGAUUUCCGCCAGAAAGCAGGAUCCCCUCCGCCCCCCAACCCAGGUCCCCAAGCGCAAGCGGAAAGCCAAGAAAAGGCGCAAGAACGACGUGGUGGUGGUGAAAGGCAAGCUAAAGCUGUGCUCCAUCUCGGGGCUCAUUGCCCUCUGCGGGAUCCUGGUGCUGCUGGUGGGCAUAGCCAUGGCGGUUGUGGGCUACUGGCCCAAGGCCAACGGGACCAACAGGGAAGGGGGUAAGCAGCCGCCGCCCGCGGGCAGCGGCCACCGCGCCCCGACCACGGCCAAUAGCAGCGGCAGUGGCAGCAAAAACCGGUCCAGGAGCCACCUGGGGACUCCGGGGGGUGUCAACUCGAGUUUGGUGGGCGCGCCCCGGGGCACACCUCCCGCGCGGUCCGCCGGCCCUUCGUCCUCUUCCACGUCUGUGGGUUUCUUCUUCCGCAUCUUCUCCGGGUACCUGCACUCUGACAAACUCAAGGUCUUCGGGCCCCUCAUCAUGGGCAUCGGCAUCUUCCUCUUCAUAUGCGCCAACGCGGUGCUCCACGAGAACCGAGACAAGAAGACCAAGAUCAUCAACCUGCGGGACCUCUACUCCACCGUCAUCGACGUGCAUAGUCUCCGCGCCAAAGACCUGGCGGCCGCCGCCGCUGCUGCCGCCGCCGCCACCUCCUCCUCGUCCUCCGCCCCCGCUUCGGCGCCCCCCGGGGCCCCGCCGCUCAACGGCUUCCUCAGCUACGUGCAGUCGCGGGGCCUGGAGCUGAAGCCCGGGAGCUGCGGCAGCAGCGCGGGGGACGCCUUCGGGGCGGCGGCGAUGCUGGCCAGGGGCUCGUGGCCCCAUCCCGCCGCGCUGGGCGGGGGCGGCGGCGGGGCCAAGGGCGCCGCGUCCCCGCCGGACCUGGCCUCGUCCCCGCGCUGCCCGCGGGAGCCCCCGAGCCUGGCGGAGGCCGUGUACAGCAUCUACCGCGAGCGCUCGGGCGUGGCCAGCCGUCGCCGGGCCGCCGCCGCUGCCGCCGCCGCGGUGGCCGCUGCUGCCGCCGCCACCGCGGCCGCCAGCAGCAGCGGCAGCCCGGCGCCCUGCAGCCCACCCGAGAGCUGGGGGCGCCAGAGCACCGCCAGCUCCCUCGUGGGCUCCUCGCUGAGCGCCUUCGCGCUGCUACCCUUGCAAGGGGACCGCAACGGGGACGGGGAUGGCGCCGGGGAUGGGGACGGGGACGCGGAGGGCUCGAGCUGCAGCUGGCAGAGGCCGCCUGGGGAACGUGGCUCCCGGGAGAUCCCGCGGGGCGAGCUUGACCUGAGCUUGACCGACCUCCGUGGUGCCCCGGGCGGCUCGCGCUGGGCGCCCAGAGAGCUGGAGGAGCCGGAGGGCGCGGCGGCGGCGCGCACCGCCAGGGGGCAGGGUGGCCGCCUGCCCAGGACCGGCAGGUACGCGGCCCUGCGGCGCCGCAGCACCAGCGGGCUCCCGGACUACCGGGCGCCACCGUCCCCCGAGCCCCCGCCCUCCCCGGGCAGCGCGGAGCUGGACUCGAGCCUUCUGGCCAAAGCUGCCUCCCCCUCCCCGUCCCUGCGGCUGGAGGACUCGCCCCCUGCCAGGCCGGACUCGCCGACCUCCCAGUCGGAUGACCCAUCCUGCUGCAAUAAGGGCUACACCCCGCUGCGGGAGGCUGGCACCUCUUUGGUUGUGGAAGCAGUAGCCAGUAAAAGUCCAGACUGUGAGGGCCCCACGACCCCGGGGGCGCAGCAGAGGCCCCCCGAGGAUCCCAGCCAAGGGGCACCCGCGGGCCAGUCACCUCAGCCGGUGCAGAGGCAGUUUACAAACAAGGAGAAACUCUUCAUGAUUUCCCGGUCUCACGCCAUAGGGGUAGAGGAUGGAGAACUGGAAAGUACUGGCAUUUAGGAAAAGAUGGAG